CCGGCCCGCACCCCAGCCAGCAUCUCGCACAUUCGGAACAAGAGCGUCUUUCCCUUUUUUUUUCCAGUGUAGAAGCCAUGGCCUCCCCGCAACCGCCAGCGCCCCCGCCGGCGGAAUCGCCGCCACCACCCGCUCCGACCACCGUACUCGCUCUCGGAGAAGACCUCCUCCGCGAGAUCUUCGUCCGCCUCCCCUCCCUCCCGAGCCUCGUCCGAGCCGCCUUCACCUGCCACGCCUUCCUCGACGCCGUCCGCUCGUCCCCCGCCUUCCGCCGCCGCUUCCGCGAGGACCACCCGCAACCCCUCCUCGGCUUCUUCUUCGACCCCGACGGACCCGCCAUCCCUUCCUUCGCCCCCCUCCGCCGCCGCGACGAACCCGACCUCGCAGCCGCCAUCUGCGGCGCCGAUUUCUUCCUCACCCGACUCCCCGACGAAGACGACGCCUCCCCCGGGUGGUCCAUCAGCGACUGCCACGACGGAUACGUCCUUUUCUACAACAGCGGCACGGGGCAAUUCGCCGCCUUCAACCCCAUCGCACGGGCCCUGGAUCUCAUCCCCCCGACGCCCGACGAGAUCUUCGACGGCUGCCACGGCCCACCCGCAUACCUCGAUGGCUGCAUCGUCUUCUCCGGCGAGGCCGGCGGGCCGUUCCGCCUGGUCAACACCUGUUACGACGACUCGCGGGCGCGCGCCGCCGUCUUCUCGUCGGAGAGCAGGGAGUGGGAGAUCUUCCCGUGGUCUGAGCCCAUGACGGAGCCUGGGGAGAAAUACUGGCUGAAAGGUGGCACCAUGGUGAAUGGGUCCAUCUAUUGGGUACACACGACUGAUGCCUACAUGCUCGUGCUGGACACCGCGACGCUACAAUUUUCACAGAUGGAUCUGCCGGCAUGCUUGGCAGGGCAGGAUUACCUAUUUAGGGUUGGCGAGGCCAAGGAUGGGAAGCUCUGCAUUGUCUGCCCAAUUGAAUUCAAGCUUCUUGUUUGGGUUUGGAGAUCCGAUGAUGACGGUACCAAGAGAUGGAUGCUAGACAAUAAGUUUCACUUGGAGACAAUUGUUGAUGAAACCGAGGGUUCACUAGAGGAACAUGGUGAACUGCAUAUCGUGGCCACUGUCGACGGAGUCGUGUACUUCACUACCUCUGAGACAUUCAUUGAUCCUCAUUUUCCAAGUUGGUUCCUAUCUCUAUGCCUGGAGACAGCGGAGCUGGACACGGUCUUCCAAAAGAGAUAUGACAGCCAUGUCCAUCCCUACAUCAUGGCAUGGCCGCCUUCUUUGGUGCAGAAUAAGGUUUGCCCUCAACUCGAAGAUGCUUGACAAAUGUUGACAAUGAUCAUAAUUCGUUCUGUUAGCCACCUUGUGGAUCUUUCAAGUAUUGACAGUGAUGAUGAGAAAGAAAAGGCCAUUCUUAUUUUGAGACACGAGCAAAGCGAGCUAUCGACAUUUUGUAGCCUUCAUCAAAUGUUUGCUCGUGUUUUUAUUUUCGUUAGGUGUUUGUUUUCUGAAUCAUCGUGCCCAAGACCAGCAGUAACAGUAAGCCAGUAAUUCUAAGUUCAGCAGUACUCAGGGUUAAUACGCCUACUUAUUUUACUUGUUUAUUCCCUUAACUUUAUACUGUGCCAUUCAUCAAUAGUCAACAGCUCCAUAUGUCUGGUUGCAUUUCUGAACUGGUUCGAAAUUACAUCCCAUUUUCUUAUUUGAGACA